CCUGCGACUCUGCACCCCCAGGCCCCGCGCCCCUCGCCCCGCACCCGCGGGGGAGCCGCCCAGCCCGAGGAAUGAACAAGACAGAAGAUAGAGUCUCCGCCCAGAAUCACGUGUGCUUGCUUCACUGCUAGCAGGGCGAGGAUGACUCGGCAUUGAGGACUCGGCCAAGCGGAGAUCCCCACCUUUCCCGCCUCUCGCCUUCCUUCCUUUUUCCUUCUCCGCGCCCGGCGAUGGACGGGCUGGACGAUAGGCUCUUCCCUUCGAAGACCCAGGCCACCGGAAAUGGCAGCACCUCUUCAGACACUCACUGGCUUGUGAAAGUUGCAGCACCCAGCGCUGACCUUGUUUACCCUGAAGACAGUCUUGGCCAUUCUGACGUACAGCCAGGAAAGGGAUCUGUCUAGGGAAAGAUCUAGAAUCAAGAGCGAGACACCUUAAAAAAAAAAAUCACCAGUCAUUUCAUUCCUGGGUCCAGCUUGUGCAAAAGAGGGAGCUAAGAGACGCGCCACGGGCAUCAUGGUCCGCCUGUUGGCCUCGGAGGUCCAGCAGCUACUCCACAACAAGUUUGUGGUCGUCCUUGGGGACUCUGUGCAUAGGGCAGUGUACAAGGACCUGGUGCUCCUGCUGCAGAAGGAUUGCCUGCUCACUCACAAGCAGCUCAGAACCAAGGGGGAGCUGACCUUUGAAAAGGACCAGCUGAUGAAGGGAGGCGAGCUGGAUACCCUGCACAAUCGCACGGACUACCGAGAGGUGCGCGAGUUCUGCUCGGACCACCACCUGGUGCGCUUCUACUUCCUCACUCGAGUCUACUCCGAGUACAUGGAGAGCGUCCUGGAGGAGCUGCAGUCGGGCACGCACGCCCCGGAUGUGAUCAUUAUGAACUCUUGCCUCUGGGACGUCUCCAGGUACGGGCGGAAUUUCUUAAGUAGCUACAGGCAGAACCUGGAGAACUUGUUUGGACGCAUGGACGAGGUGCUGCCCAAGUCCUGCCUGCUAGUGUGGAACACUGCCAUGCCUUUGGGUGACAAGAUCAAGGCGGCCUUCCUCCCUCAGAAGUGCAAGGGCCAGUAUCGGAUCUCAGUAGCCACCCUGAAGAAGAGGGUGUCCCAAGCCAACUUGUACAGCCAUGAAGAGGCAACCAAGCGCUAUUUUGAUGUGCUAGACUUGAAUUUCCAUUUCCGCCAGGACAGGAAACACCUGCAGGGAGAUGGCGUGCACUGGAAUGAGCACGCACACCGCAGACUCUCCUACCUGCUGCUGAGCCACAUGGCUGAUGCCUGGGGUGUGGAGCUGCCCCAUCGAGACCCGUGGGAGCCUGAUCUUGUGCCGUGGGAAAGGCCAGGCCAGGUAGAGGAAAGGCAACCCCAGGCCAACAGAGGGUCUCAGGCUUUUGCCCUGUCACCACCCGGGCUUCUUCCCAGGCCACCACCCCUACUCCCAUCCCCCACCUUGCCCAUGAGGCCCCCGCCACUUUUAGCGUGCCCCCUACCCCCGCCUCAGCUGAUGCCCCCAGCACCGCCCUAUCCACAAGAUAACUACUUUUCCUCAGACCCUAUUUUCCACUCCGAUGAAUUCUAUAUCCAUCCAGAAAACCCCUCACCCACCCACCCAGGAUAUGCCUUUGAUGGUGACUUUAGCUUUCAUCAUCAGCCACCUGUGCCCAACUUCCACCAACCCUGUUAUCAGCGCCACGCCCCUGUGGUACAUAGGGGCUUCCCAAGGCAUCACGCUCGGGGCCCUUAUAUGCCCUGGAGAGGGAGGCCCAGGCGACCACAAAGACAUGCCCCAGCCUGCCAAGAGUCAAGGCCCCAGUAGUCUGACCAAGCCCUUAACCUCUGGAUGGGACCAUGUGUUGUCUGGCUUUCCCUUUCAUUGUUGCAGUCUACACACACUGACCUUGCUAACAUAAGCCCAGCCAGCCCUGUCUUGGAGUUUUCUUUGUUCGUUGGUGUUAGAAAUUGGCAGGGAAGAGCCUGGCCCACCCUUGCUGCCUGAGGUGGUCUCUCCCUCCUGAGUGACCAAGCAAGCAAGCAUUCUUACUACCUCCCCCUCGCUAUUGUUGCCUUUUUGUAAAAAUAAAAUUGAAAU